ACAGAGAACCGUAAUGGAGAUGUUAUUGUGUCUGACUAUCUCGGUCAUGCUGUAGUGGUGACAGAUCGUGACGGUAAUUACCGAUUCUCCUACACACGUACUCCAUCAGAAUCAAGACUAUGGCCAUGUGGAAUCUGUACUGACGCGCUGUCACACAUCCUGCUGUGUGAUUGGAGCACAGACUCAGUACAGAUGUUAGAUAGUGGGGGUCACUAUCUGACAGAGAUACACACACAACAACACGGGAUAGACUAUCCACUGAGCCUGAGUUAUGAUGAGGACACACACCUACUGUGGGUAGGGUCAGAAGACAACAACACAGUCAACCUAUACAGAGUGGUACAUACAGACUCUCUGACUGGAGUCCCUCUGGAGGACAUCAAAUGUAGAAAACAUCCCAGAAUUCCCCUGGACCAGUUCUGUACCCCGUGUGGUGUUCCCUUGUGUGUGGAGUGUACCAGCUCUGAGGAUCACAGCAGACAUGACCUUAGAAAUAUAAAGGAAUUGUUUGACAGCAUUCAUGAGAUAGAAGAUGGAGAUACACUAUUGAUGUGCCUUCUUCUUUCCGAUUCCUACAGAAUAAACAUGAAAGAAGGAAACUGGAUGACCAAAUAUAAUUCUGUUGCCAAAUGUCUUAACUCAAAGGAAAUCAAAAAGCCAUUUGUCCAUACACAUUUAGAAAAUUACAAACCAAUUCUGAAACUCAAUGAAUCAGAGAUCAGUUUUUCCUCUGAGGUCUUCAAAAACAUUAGUUUCCUUAAAUUUUCAAAGAGUUUUGAGUUUAACUUUACCGAUAUUUUCUUAAGUUGGGCAAAAAAAGAAAACAUCACCGAAUACUGUAGAUCCUGGAAUUAUCGGAGAGGACAGGAUGAAGUUUGCUGUUGGUUGCUGCCAGAAAAAAAUGAGGAGUUUUUAGAAAGACUUGGAGAAGAUGUUUUCACGCACCCAACCAUGGAAGACCAAUCAUUCCAUGAAGACGUAUUUAGGAAACUAGGAAUACCAAUGCAGAUAAUCCUAAGGGGAGACAAAUCAGUGACGAAUUUCAUUGAGAAUUUAAAGAAAGGGAAGACAACCAUGUACCACGCCUCUGGGAUGAUAAUAGGGUGUGCCGGUAGUGGGAAAACAACACUGUUAGAGAGACUGAAGGGUAUUGACUUGGAGAAAAUAAAGAAAAAUAUCAGGUCAACUAGAGGAGUCGAUAUCCACACAGAUUUGUUUGAUGUGACAGAGAGCAUCCAAGCAAAUUCUUCACUCCAACAGCAACACUUUAAACUUCGACUUGAUAAAAAAGAUAUGAAUCAGAGUGUUCCUGAAUCUCAUUCAGAAAAUGCAGCCGAUGAUGAGGAAACGCAGGAAAAGAUGAAACCAGUUGAAGAAGAGGGCAGUACGACUGAAGCAUCAAGCAGUGGACGGAUAUCACAUGAUGAUAUCGACAUUAACCCUACCUCAUCCCAUGAACCACAGGGGCCCACAUCACCAGAAAAAGUAGCAGAAGUUAUGACGGAGAGAAAAGAUAUUCGUCAUAGUCCAGAUAUUUCUGGAAAUUUACAGAUAGGUGCAGAAGAUAUUUCAGAAGAUCCUGAUAAAAAAAUAACCAUGACUGACUUUGCAGGACAGUGUUCAUAUUAUGCCUCACACCAGAUUUUUUUGAGUCCGCGGGCGUUUUUCAUUCUGGUGCUGAAUAUGGAGAAGAAGUUUGAUGAUAAGGUUGGAGAAGAAGUGUGUUGUCAGGAAGGCUCCGUUUAUGGGGGAUGGACACACAGAGAUUAUCUAGAAUUCUGGAUGAAGUCCAUUCAUCAAUAUGGCAGUGAUAAGGCUCCCGUCAUCCUGGUUGGUACACAUAGUGAGAACAAAACAGAAAAGGAGAAAGAAUUGUUUUUCCGAGAAGUUUGGAAGACUCUUGACAUGAAGAAGAAGUCUCUGCAAAAACAUAUUGAUGUGAAACGUCGAUUUGCGGUUGGAUUCCAUGACAAUGAAAGCAUUGAAAAACUUAAGCUGUCCAUUGCUAAUGUCGUGUGCAAGCUGGAUCACUGGGGUGAAGAGCUUCCACAGUCAUGGGCUAUGUUUGAAACAUUCUUUCAGGAAAAGAAAAUUCGCAAGAUUUUGAGUAGGAGUGAACUUCAGUCUUUCAAUGAAACACUGCCAGAGGGAAUAAAGCUCUGUACUAUUGAAGAUAUAGGUGCCAUGCUGCAGUUCUUCCAUGACAUCAGAGAACUUAUACACUUCAAUCAACAAUUCCUCAAUGAAGCUAUUAUUCUCGAUGUUCAAUGGUUUGCAGAUGCAUUUAAAAAUGUCAUUACAGAUAAAAACCAUGCAAAAGAAGAUUUAUUUGAAUUUGCAUCAGAAUGGGACAAAUUCAAUGAAACUGGGGAGUUAGAUGAAACACUGCUUUGUGCUAUAUGGAGAAUGAACAACAAUGGUUACAUCGAACAUAAAGAAAACAUCAUGGUGUACAUGGAAAAGCUAGGACUCAUAUCUAAAAUGAGAGAAAAAAUAUGGUAUGUCCCCUGUGUGAACAAGAUGCAAUUUCCAGCAGACUGCUUUACAUCAUACCCUGCCUCCUCCAUCAUUUGCUACACGUUUGAUGUUCUUCCUGUGGAAAUUUUCCAUCGCCUUGUAGCUACAUGCAUGCAGAUUCCUUGGGAGAUUUUUACAGAUGAAGAAAGAGGAUGCAUUUACCAAACUGCCGCUAUUUUCAUGUUUCAUGACCAGCAACAUAACAUCAUGCUUGGAAUGACUCAAACAGAAAUUCAGGUACAGGUGUUUGUUGUGGAGGGAGAAGUUGAUGUUUUAACCUGUCACCAGAUUAGAGAAAACAUUGAGCGUAUAUUACACAACCUUAUGAACACAUUCCAAAAAGACUCGGAUUUCCAGAUUGCAUUCAAAUGCAAAUCUACUGGGUUUUGUGACAGCAGAGAAAGUGCUGCCAUAAGUGAAUCUAAGUUUAUCAAAGAAACUUUUCUGUGUCCAUCCUGUCCGGCGAAAAAAAAGCACCGUAUCAUCACAGAAGAUAUCAUAAAAUAUUGGACAAAGGUUUCUAAGAAGGAAUCCAAGCUAUCUAAAGUUGCAAGUGGAUCUGAAGGUUUUUCAACGUCAGAGAAUGGUGAUAGUGCUGCAUUAAUCAGACCGUCUGUCAGCGCAGAUAACUCCAGUAUAAAUUACGAGAGGAUCAUGAAGUUAUUAAAAGUUGGAAUUGUUGCUGUGCGAUUCUGUUUUGAUAAAUAUUUUCCUCAAGAUGAAUUAGAGAAAAUGCUGAAAGAUAAUGAAACCGAAAUGAGAACAGGAAAGUUUCGAUUUCAGCCAUCUCAACUACAGCUUUUGUUUCCUAUAAAAGGUGGAUCCAACACUGCUGUUUCAUCUUUAUCAAUGGAUAUUACCAUCAUGUAUAAACUGUUGAGGAACUACUCAGAUAUUGCUCCUCCUGGGAAUGGAUGGGGAAAGGAACCCAAAGUACAGCACAUAACGGAGAGUGACGACAUAGAGAGGAUUCGGUUAUAUAGAAACACGUAUUCUCAUGACGCUGGGGGUCCUUGUGACAUGAAGGGUGAUGUUUUCAACGUAAUCUGGACUGACCUCUCCCAGGCAAUACUGAGACUGAGUGGUGGAGUUUUAAGAAGAAGGAUCGAUGAAAUACUUACAUAACUAUGAGAUAUGUCAACAAUAAUUUAUGGCAUUAAAAAAACAUUGCCAUUAAUUUGGGCAAAGACCGGACAACACCAAUUUAAAUUUUCAUAUACAUACAUUGUAUAAAAACACUGACGUCUAGUACUGAGGAAAAGAAGGUGUUCAAGUUGAUUCAAUAUUUAAUUCUUAUAUAAAUCGAUUUUAUAAACUCUCUUUUUAUCUCUAUUGAGUCAAAGGUUAUGGCGAUCUCUGAAGUAUGUUUAAAUAUGGAUCAUAGGUGUGU